AUGGCUACUCCCAAUCAACCUAAUAAAUCCACAACAAUAUCUCAACAAUCUACCUCAAUUAAUCCAAUUCAAUUUAUAUCAUUAAUUUCUCGAAAUGAUAAACCAUUAUAUAUUCAAUCAUUCAAUAUUGGUGAUGAAGAAGAUGAUGAUGGUACCAAUAUGAACCCUAUUAAUGCUGAUAAAUUUCUUAAAUAUAAUUUUUUAAGUCAUAUGGCAUUAGAUAUAUUUACAUCACCAUCAUCAUUAAGUUUACGUGAACAACAACAACAACAACAACAACAACAACAACAACAACAAGACAAGAACCAUCAAAAUGGUGAUAAUCAAAUAUCAAUUAUACUUUUAUUUAUUCAAGAUCAAAUUAUGGUAUAUGGAUAUGAAACUAAUAAUGGAUUGAAAAUAGUUAUUGGAUUAGAUCAAACUAUAAAUUCCACUAUUAUUACCAAUAAUAAUGAAGAAUUUUUAACAAAAUUGAGAAAAUUAUUUUUAGAUAUACAAAAAUGUUAUUUACGUACAAUUUUCAAUCCAUUAAAUCAAAUAUAUACUACUCUAGAAACUGGGAUUGGUAAAACUGUUGAUAAUGAUAAUGAUUAUGAUAAUGAUUAUGAUGAUGAGAAUAUUUUACAAUCUCCUACAUUUGAUAGAAAUAUUAAAAAAUUAGUUAAUUCAUAUAAUAUAUAA